GCGAAGAGUGGGCGGGGCUAGGGCCGGCGUGGCCCCGCCUCCGCUUGGCGGCGUGUCGAACCUCCGCGCCGGAAGGGGCCGCUCUUGCGCCGGACGCGGACCGGCCUGGGCGGAGGAUUCCCUCAGUGUGCGGAGCCGGGCUGGUGGGCGCGUCGCCGGCCCCGCCGAAGAGGCCAAGGCCGCCGCCGCCGCCCUUUCCGGGUCCGCUGCGGCGGCACUCCGAAGGAAGCGAGGGGGGUCUCCUGCGUACCGGCCGGCCUGGCGCCGCUUCUCUCCGUAGCCGUCCCGCUGGUUCUGCUGCUGGGCCGCCGCCGCCGCUGGUGCUGCUCCGCCUCGGCCUCACCGUCCUCUGUGGUGCUGCCUUGCCUGGCCGCUCGGCCCUUCGCCGCCUGGUGCCGGACGCCUCCCAGCCGCGCCAUGCCCGGCCCGGCCGCCGGGAGCAGGGCCCGCGUCUACGCUGAGGUGAACAGCUUGAGGAGCCGCGAGUACUGGGACUACGAGGCCCACGUUCCCACCUGGGGUAAUCAAGACGAUUAUCAACUGGUUCGGAAACUCGGCCGGGGGAAAUAUAGUGAAGUCUUUGAGGCUAUAAACAUCACCAACAAUGAGCGAGUGGUUGUGAAAAUUCUUAAGCCAGUGAAGAAAAAGAAGAUAAAACGAGAAGUUAAGAUUCUGGAGAACUUGCGAGGUGGAACUAACAUCAUUAAACUGAUUGACACUGUCAAGGAUCCAGUGUCAAAGACUCCAGCUCUAGUCUUCGAAUACAUCAAUAAUACAGAUUUCAAGCAACUAUACCAGAUCCUGACAGACUUUGAUAUUCGAUUUUAUAUGUAUGAAUUGCUCAAGGCUUUGGAUUACUGUCACAGCAUGGGAAUCAUGCAUAGAGAUGUCAAACCUCAUAACGUCAUGAUAGACCACCAACAGAAAAAGUUGCGGCUCAUAGACUGGGGCUUGGCAGAAUUCUACCAUCCAGCUCAGGAAUACAACGUCCGCGUGGCCUCGAGGUACUUCAAAGGGCCAGAGCUCCUCGUGGAUUACCAAAUGUACGACUAUAGCUUAGACAUGUGGAGCUUAGGCUGUAUGCUGGCCAGCAUGAUAUUCCGAAAAGAGCCCUUUUUCCAUGGCCAAGACAACUACGACCAGUUGGUUCGUAUUGCAAAGGUUCUGGGUACAGAUGAAUUAUAUGGUUAUCUGAAGAAGUACCACAUAGAACUGGAUCCUCACUUCAAUGAUAUCUUGGGACAGCAUUCACGGAAACGUUGGGAGAACUUCAUCCAUAGUGAAAACAGGCACCUGGUCAGCCCUGAAGUCUUGGAUCUUCUGGACAAACUCCUGCGAUAUGACCAUCAACAGAGGUUGACAGCCAAAGAAGCUAUGGAACACCCCUAUUUCUAUCCAGUCGUGAAGGAACAGGCCCAGCCCAGCUCUGACAGCCCCGUGCUCUCCAGUGGCCUCACAGCAGCACGAUGAAGUUUGGGGGAACGAUGGGUUUGUCUGAUGCUGUUCCUCCCAAUUUUCCAUAAGCAGAACAAGAACCAAAUCCAACGUCUUAUUGCACUUGUGUACAGAGAUGGUGUGCAGCUUCCAGAUGUCAUCCCAGUGGCAGGUUAUGGGAGCAAGGACUUCAGCAGCAACUGAUGGGACCCAACAGCAUAUAAAAACACAAACCUUAACUUCUGCUUUUGACUUCCUGUUGACCUCUACCUGACCAAGAAAGCACGAAAAAUGUGAAGGGUGUGCAAAACCGUUGUUGGCUCAGGUGACUUCCUUGAACCCAGCCCAAUGUGUGGCAUUCUGACAAACUGGCUCCUAUUUUGUAGGCUGGGAAAGGAGGAUGGCUGUGUGGCAUGAUGGACAGUUCUAUAUUGAGAUAAUUAUAUAUUGAAUAAAAGUUUUAAAAGUAA